UACAUGAACUAAGAUGAUUUCGAGGUAUAAUAUUUCGAUUUAGAGAUUAUAAAAGAUCUCAGUUGAAGUAAGCGAUCCAAAAGUUUAAUCUGGACUUAAUAAAUACACUACGUAUUCAGUUCGAGGAAUGGAUAAGAACGGAUAAUUUGAUGUGAUAAGAAGGUUUAGUGAUUUCCGACUAAUUCGUUAAUUUCUUAUAAUUAAAUGGCCUGGAUGUUAUAUACCACCACUUCCACCUAGAAAAGCUAUUGUAUUUUAAAUAAUAACAGUUUUAGGGAAAUAUGGAUUAAAAAUUCAUAGAUGAUAGAAUGCGUUCUUUAUAAGAUUGGAUGAGAAUUAUGGCUUAAUCCAAAUACUUUUGGUAUUCUGAAGAAUUUUAAUUGUUUAUAAAGACCAAUGGAGAUAUUGAAAAAGUAAUUCAAUACUAAAUCUAGGCUCUUACAUAAGUACCAAAAUUGACUUAUGACGAAAUUAUAAACAAAUAUUAGGACACUUUUACAGAUCUAUCUGGAGUAAAUUUUAUUCUUAUAGGAAUAGAGAGAAAUCAAUAGAGAAUUAAUUCAAAAGAUAACAGAUUUUCAUUAAUUUCUAAAAAGAGUAAAUCCAAUGGUUGAAAAUUUUAAAUAAAUUGCAAAGUAAAAUAUAACAAUAUUGUAGAAAUAUAGCAUAGGCUAGAUAAACUUUUUAGGAAUAAUUAACUAAUUUCCUUUAAAACUAUUUGCCUGACUAUGAAUAGCAUGUCUUAUUAGAAUUUAGUGAAAGUUAAGAUAAAUUAGUAAUAUAGAGUAUCAAAAAUGAUGAGUACCCAUCUUAAUUGUUAAAUAAUUACAUAAAUCUGUUAUAAUUAAAUGAAUUCCAAUCGUUAUAUUAGGAAAUAAAGAAAGAGUCAAAAUAAGUUAGAGCAUUUUUGGAAACUAUGACAUAGAGAGAGAAAUAUGAAUAACAAAAGGUGUUUUAUGAAUAGAAAUAGAAGGAACUUUAAAUUUAAUUAUAAGAAGUAUUAGCAGGGAAGGCAUCCAUAAAAAAUAUAUUUAGUACAACAAAGAAGGAAGAUUAAAUAGCAAAAUUAUAAUUUUAGAUUGAUUAAGUGUGUAAGGAUAUUGAAAACAUGUAAUUUAUUUGUGAUAUACUUACUGUAUUGUUAGGAUAUAUAGAAAUUGAUAAAUUUAAGGUAAGAAUUCAAUUUAGUUCUAGUUGGAAAAGUAGUAAAACUAUUAUAGAUUGGCUUAGAGUUUGAUUAAGUAUGAGAUUCAGUUGAGCUAGGCAUCAGAAGAGUUUUGGGAGAGAGUGUAAUAAAAUUAUAAUUUAUUAUGA